GUUGAUCAAGCGGCUGCAAACAGUAAUAGCUCAUUAUUUUUACCAUGCUUGCAGUUCUCCGGCCGGUGAACGGAGGAAUUCAACACAGAAGAAGAAGCAUGCGCAUGUGCACAAUAACAUAAACAAGUGAGAUCGCGCGCUAGCGCUGCUCGGACCAGUCUGGAGUAAGAUAUAGAAAUCAUGCAUCCAAUUCCGAAAUCAAAGAUCAUUUUACCAAUGGAUCCUGAUUCCCCGCUGAAUAGAGCUCAUCAAUGUGAGCGAAAAGCAGAGAGAAUGAUGAAUAAUGGACUUCACGAUGCCGCUCUACUGUGCUAUCAAAAUGCAUCUGAGUAUAUUGUGAAAGCCAUGGAGAAAACCAAAGAUGCAGUUGUUCUUCAUUCUCUGAGACUCCAGAAAGAAAACUAUGACAAGAUGCCAAAUCUUGUCAACAAGAGGAGACAACUUGAUGAGAAGAAAAUGAAUCUAGAGAAUCUUCAACUUGCCGUACCGAAGCCUGACAAGAAUGGAGUUGCAGAAAAGCCAAGUGAGGAGGACGAAGAGAAAGCAGAUGAUGUUGAUGGAGGGCAGGAAAGUGAUGAUGAGGGUUGCUUGAAGAGCAUGGAGCCAGUGUCCGGCAGAAUUCCAGGGGUUCUACAGGCAAAGGAAGAAAAAAGUAGAGGUAGAACUGAUAGCUUUGAAUCUCUCCCAUCUGUAGCAUCAGAAGACACUGAUUCUUUGCUGCAGUGUUUGAACGAGUACCGGUACUCUGAACUUGAUAAGAAAGACAUGAGGACUUUUUACCGUCCUACAAAGGUUCUUCAAGCCUUAAGAGAGUUCGGUAGUGGGACUGCCAAACCAAGUCUGAAAGUGCAUUCUCCACACCAGCAAAAGCAAGCAUUGAGAAAGAUGGAGGUAGAUGACAAAGUGCUUUUGGAGGAACUUUCAAUAAAGACCAUGGAGAUGAAGAAUCAUGUGGUGAAUCUAUUGGAACAGAUGGAGCGGUGUCAGCAGGAGAAUGACCACUUGAAGAACAAGGUCAAGGAACUUCAGCAGGAACUUGAAACACAGAAAAGUCAGCGUAGAGUACAGCAGUCUGUCCAUCCUCCAACAGACUUCCGCAAUGAAUUCAGUGUUCCUUUCAGCUUAUUAGCACCCCCUGAAAAUGGAGUGUCAGAUUUAAAUUCAACACCAGGAAUAAUCAUUCCACAGACUCCUCCUGCUCUUGCUCCACUAGAAAUGCCAAACUUUGAUGAUCAGUGAUAAUGCCAAUGUUAGUUGAGAGGAAGACCUGGUGGGUGUUUCAUAAAGCUGUUCGUAAGUUAAGAACGACUUUAAGAACGAUUGGUCAUACCUUCUUAUUCUUAUUCUUGUGGUAAAUGGUAUAUUGAAUUGGCGAUGGCUUAGCACGUAUACGUAAGAAGGGUUCACCAGUCGUUCUUAAAGUCCCUCUUAACUUACAAACAACUUUAUGAAACGGCGCCCUGGGGGAUGUUUAUGAAGCUGUUCAUGUUAAAUGACUUUAUAGACAACUAAAUGAUUGAGCUAAAUGAUAUAUCCCUGAUCCCUCUGUAACAUUUAAGAUUAUGUUCCAGUUGUGCAUAAAGCUUUGUAAAAAUUCAUGAUGAACUCUAAGAAACGCCACAUGGGAUAAUCUAGGUUAUGUAUAAGAUAUUACAGUCAUAACUUUUUAGCCCUCUGAUGAAUUUGCGCUACCCUCUAUACUCAAGAAAUAAUACUUUCUUUAUUAGGGCGAAAUUUGAUCUGACAAUGUCAAAUCAACAUUUUCUGCUAUGGGCAAAGUUUUUACCUGGGGACUGAAUAGUUUCUAUUUGCACAGUUCACUAUUACCUGAAAAACACAGUUGAAUUUGUUGCUUACAUUGCUGACAUACAGCAUACUUACUAGUAAGUGUGUAAUGUGUUCUGCUUGUACCACUAUGAUGAAUUAAACUGCCCAAAAAAGUGGUUUUAAAAAUGAAGGUGAAUGCCUUAAAUGUAGGCUGCUUGGUGUACAUUGGUUUUAAAUUCAAACUGGCAUUCACAGUUUUUCAUCCCAUGUAAUGUCAUGAUUUUUUUUUUUACAUCCAAAUCACCAUGUUUUGAUUUUUUUCUUCUUAUUUUCACAGACAUGUGCUCUAUUUAGUGCAAUGAAGACAGCUAUUUAAUUUUACAUUUGGAGUUUUUACUAUAAAAAAUAUGAUCCAUCAAAGUGGUCUAUAAGUUCCUCAGUGUAUCAUUGAUGAUGAGAUGAUCCUGAUCAUUACAAGUAAUAUCCAUGCAUAUCUAUACUUCAGAAUAGAAGAAAAAAUAGUAAAACUUGUUUUUGUUUAUAAAUGAUUAGUUUUCAGCUUCUAGAGUUAAAAACAAUGUAUGUUUUUGUCAAACUUCAAUGUAGCUGAUAUAGCCUAUCUUGCAUUUUCCCCAUCACUAACAUUCAUCUCAAAGUCAUAAAUAUGCUGUUUUAGUUUGGUUAUUAUGGUUAUAUAUUUUAUAUUUAUAAAGAAAAGUUUGUAGGCAAACUUGGAUGAUGGUGUAAGAAUGCAAAAAUUGCACUUCUUGGAUAAGAAAUUUCAUUGCAAGUAAUAUUCUGUGAAAGAUAAGGUUCAGGAGUGACAAAAUCGGUGGUUUAGAUAUUCGUACUACUGCUUUGUCAGCCUGACUUUACUGAACUUAGAACAUACACUUAUGUUAAAACAUUAAUUUCAAACAUGAGAGAGAUUAAUUAUAGCAAAGAAAAAUGUUGACUGAAAUAUAAAAAAAAUGUUGAAAAUGUAUGACAAUAUUUCAACUCCUUAAUUGUAGAACUGAUGAAAGUUCUGGAUAUAUAUCAGAUAAUCUCUCACAUGGAUCUGUUUUGUGGAAGGGAUACCAUUUGAGAUUCCAUGUUUGUUGUAUUUAAUUCAUGUCAAUAUUCUUAUUCCUGAACCUGUUUUUUCUUGUAUUGGUAUGAAUAGCUAUAUUUUUGCCUUAUUUUAACUCCAACUUCAUGGAUUUAUUGAUACAUACUGCCUUGAAUCACAAAUACUGCCAUGAAAUCCAUUUUUGUCUCACCUGCAUAGCAGAGUGAGACUAUAGGCGCCGCUUUUCCGACGGCGGCGGCGACGGCGGCGGCGGCGGCGGCGGCGGCGUCAACACCAAAUCUUAACCUGAGGUUAAGUUUUUGAAAUGACAGCAUAACUUAGAAAGUAUAUGGACCUAGUUCAUGAAACUUGGCCAUAAGGUUAAUCAAGUAUUACUGAACAUCCUGCCUGAGAUUCAUGUCACAUGACCAAGGUCAAAGGUCAUUUAGGGUCAAUGAACUUAGACCAUGUUGGGGGAAUCAACAUCAAAAUCUUAACCUAAGGUUAAGUUUUUGAAAUGUCAUCAUAACUUAGAAAAUAUAUGGACCUAGUUCAUAAAACUUAUACAUAAGGUUAAUCAAGUAUCACUGAACAUCCUGCAUGAGUUUCACGUCACAUGACCAAGGUCAAAGGUCAUUUAGGGUCAAUGAACUUUGGCCGAAUUGGGGGUAUCUGUCGAAUUACCAUCAUAACUUUGAAAGUUUAUGGAUCUGAUUCAUGAAACUUGGACAUAAUAGUAAUCAAGUAUUACUGAACAUCCUGUGCAAGUUUCAGGUUACAUGAUCAAGGUCAAAGGUCAUUUAGGGUCAAUGAACUUUGGCCAAAUUGGGGUAUUUGUUGAAUUACAGCCAUAAAUUUGAAAGUGUGUUGGUCUAGUUUAUAAAACUUGGACAUAAUAGUAAUCAAGUAUCACUGAACAUCCUGUGCGAGUUUCAGGUCACAUGAUCAAGGUCAAAGGUCAUGUAAGGUCAAAGAACUUUGGCCACGUUGGGGGUAUUUGUUGAAUUGCCAUCAUAUCUCUAUAAGUGUAUUGGUCUAGUUCAUAAAACGUGGAAAUAAGAGUAACCAAGUAUCACUGAACAUCUUGUGCGAGUUAUAGUAGUUUUCAAAAUCAGCACUGCUGCUAUAUUGAAUCGCGUGAUGCAGGUGAGACGGCCAGAGGCAUUCCACUUGUUUGUCUUUAGUAUCGCUUUAAAGUAACAGAAAAUAAUAAGGAGUGCAAUAUAUAAUAUACAUUAUGUCCUUAUUUUUCAUCUUGCCAAAAUUUAUUUGUUCCAACAUGUUAUUUGUUCCAUAUAUUGUUCCAUAUUUUCUCAUGUUCUAUUUCCUUUUCAUCUUGACUAAUUAUUUUCUUAAAUUUCAUUCAGCUCAGUAAGUUUUAAUUUCCAAUAACCAUAUUUAUACCUAGGAAUCAGCGUACGGGCGGUCGGUCUGUCCGUUGCAAAUGUUGCCAAUUUUCAUGAAACUUGGAACAUAUAUCGUGUUUGGGUGGAGAUGUGCAAGACACACUUUUCGCAUGUGUCAGAGAUGUGUCGCAAUGGUAACGGUAUACUAGUAUUUGGCAAAAAUAAGGUAAAAAUCUUGCAGUUCAAACUGCUUCCUCAGUUUUUUAACAAUUCUCAUGAAACUUGGUAGACAAAUUGGUAUUGGUGUAAAGAUGUGCAAGACAUAUUUUGUGUGUGUCUGAAAUCAUUUUGUCAUGGUAACAACAUUAAAUGACAAAAAUUAGGUAAAGAACUUGCAGUUUCAAUUACUUCAUUAAUUUUCAACCAAUUCUCAUGAAAUUUGGCUCACACAUUGGGUUUGAGGUAAAGACUGUGCGAGACCCAUAUUUUGUGUAUGUCGGAUAUUGUGUUGCCAUGGUAACAAUAUACUAUAGGCCCCAAAUUAGGUAAAAAUCUAUCAAUUUGAACGACUUGAUUAGUUUUCAACCAAUUCUCAUGAAAUUAGGCUCACACAUUGGUCUCUAAGUAAAAAUGUACAGGACAUAUUUUGGCAUGUGUUGGAAAUCGUGUUGCCUUGGAAACAAUAUAUUAUAUGUCAAAUAUUAGGCAAAAAUCAUGCCAUUCAAACUACUUCAUCAGUAUUUAACCAAUUCUCAUGACAUUCAGCUCACACAUUGGUCUUGGGGUAAUACAAGGCAAGACAUUUUUUUCCAUGUGUUGGAAACUUUUGGCAUGGUAACGGCAUAGGGCGGGGGUAUUAAUCACCUUCAGUGAUAGUUCUAGUUUUGUAAUGUAUUCAAGCUUAAAGUGUAUAGCUACAAGGCAUUGCAUCUCAAGAAUAUGGGUAAUUUUUUUUCAAAUGUGUGUAUUGAUUGUGGAAAAAGAAAUUAUUUCACAAUGCA